AUGGGUAGACUACACCGCCCCAGGAGUGUCUUGGCGGAUGAAAAUGAUCGCUACGACCCAGAUGUCGAAAAGUACGACUCCGAGCGAACCGACUCUUCAGUCGAGUAUGAACGCAACACAAUGCCGUCAACCUACUCCAUUUCCUCCCGCGAGAGCUCCGGCUCCUAUCAACCCAUGCUUCCUAAUCCCAACUCUGGACGAAAGAAGCAAAUAGAGUCAUAUAGACCACCAAGCAGAAAGACAAUGAGAUAUCUUUGCUUGGCUUUGUUUACGACGUUAUUGAUAUUCAUUCUGACUUUGGUACGAGCCAGCUGGACAUCCUCGAGACAGUUAGAAAUGGGACCGGUGGAUAAGCAGCCGCCAAAGCCGCCCCCAUGGGAAGACUUUCCGUUCUUGAAGAGAUACUUCGGAGGCAUAAGGUCGCUGGUACCUAGAGAAGAGAAUAUACCAGAGUAUCCGAGCGACCAAGGACCAGAGUCAGCACCUUCGAAUGCAUCAAUUGAGGCAAAUAAGAAUAAGUCCCUUCCAAAGAGCAUUCCGUUCAAUCCAUAUCCAGAAUAUCAAUCAGCGGCCUACAAAUCGGAGUAUGGGGAGAAGUAUGAGUGUUUCCUGGACCCCAAAGACCUAAUACAGAUACCUCGCGUCCAUUACUACAAAGGCGUACCUUUGGGGCUGCCUGAUGCUGUGAUGGGCUCACACGAUGUCCUUGGCCUACGGGAAGAUGUUUGCUUUGAACGAUUUGGAAGACUGGGGCCGUACGGAUACGGCUACAGUGUCCGAAGAGGCGGUACAGGUGCAGGUCUGAAUGGGGAGAGAGAGGGGGCGGAAGAGAUGUGGAAAGAAAGAGGGAAUCCUACAGAAGUGGACUAUACUGGAGUCAGAUGGGUAGCAGCUCAAGAUGCCUGUGUAUCCAAGAACAGGAUGAGAUUUGGAGUUGUAGCCAAUGAAACCUCAGCCAAUGAAAUUUUCCUCAAGAUGGAUGCAGGAAAUACUCAGGACGAGACCAAAACCCAUGGGGUCGAGAGGAGAGAAAUCUCAACGUCCUCCAAUCAGACCAAAGCUGUGCAUGGUGUGCUACCUACGAAAGCAGUGACAGUUCUUCCUCGGACCGCUAUAGUGAUCCGAACCUGGUGGGAUCGUCAAUAUAGCGCGGAGGACAUUGUCUACUUACGAUCCAUGAUCGUCGAACUUUCGCUCUUGUCUGGUGGAGAGUAUACGGUCCACUUCCUCGUGCAUGUCAGGGACGACAAUGUACCAAUCUGGGCAGACAGAAAGAUCUAUGACCGGGUGCUCGAGAAUUCGCUCCCUGAAGAGUUUCGAGGGAUGGGUAUCCUGUGGAGCGAAAGACAAAUGAGCCUCAUCUACGGUGGCCUGCAGGAAAGCUUCUUCCGAGAUCUCCCAGUCCAUGGGGUAUAUCGAGGUGCAUAUAUGGCUCUCCAAUACUUUUCCCAUCAAAACCCCCAGUACGAGUACCUUUGGAAUUGGGAGAUGGACGUGCGGUACACCGGUCACUGGUACCACCUGUUUGGUAGGGUCGCUCAGUGGUCUAGGGAUCAGCCACGUAAAGGACUUUGGGAACGCAAUGGCCGAUUCUAUAUACCUUCUGUCCAUGGCACCUGGGAAGACUUCAAACAAAUGAUUCGAGUGCAGUCAGAGAUGGGGACCAAUAGUCCUAACAACGUCUGGUCCGGAUUAAAGGCUGGCGCUGCAGACAUUCCUGGUUCGCCACAGGGAAAGACAGACAAACCUGUCUGGGGUCCUGAAGGUCCUGCAGACAUGCUCGGCGCACAAGAUGACCCAAUCCCACCAACGACAUUUGAGAAAGACAGAUACGCGUGGGGUAUUGGUGAAGAAGCAGACUUCAUAACCUUCAGUCCUCUCUUCGAUCCCGAUGGGACUACUUGGUUCUAUGUCAAUGAUGUUACCGGCUACAACACCACGCAAGGUCUGCCACCGCGGAGAGCCACUAUCGGCACUUCAUCGCGCCUUUCCCGUCGUCUGCUGCAGACAAUGCAUCGCGAGACAUUUCUUGAAAGACACCACAUGUUCUCCGAGAUGUGGCCAGCAUCCGUGGCCCUUCACCAUGGUUAUAAAGCAGUGUACGCCCCUCAUCCGGUGUACGUUGACCGCAAAUGGCCGACAGCGUACCUUGCUGGAGUGAUGAACGGUGGAAGGAACGGAGCGUCAGGUGGAGCAAGAACAAGUGUAUAUGGAGGACGAGAACACAAUUUCAAAGGCACCACCUGGUUCUACGACGCAGGAUUUGCACCGAAUCUAUGGCGCAGAUGGCUGGGGUAUAAAGUCGAUAAUGAUGGUGGAGAGCAAGAAGAGAUGGCCGGAGAAGGACGCAUGUGCUUGCCCGGAAUGCUUUUGCAUCCCGUGAAGGGAGUGCGCAUGGUGGUGGAAGGGGGCAAAACGAUUGAGGAAGAAGAGAUUGAGGAAAUGGGAGCAUUGGCUUCAAACUCUGAGUUGGAUUGGGAAGACGAAAAAUGGGCAUGA